GUCAUCGCCGCGCGCCGAAGAUGUCGGGGAUCCUGAGUACGGUGCUGAGGCGCCUCGACAGGGACUCGUACUGCGACUUUAGCGACUAUCGCGACCAGAAAUUCCAGCAUGUGUUACGGGAUCAGGAGGGAGGGGCACGUCGAAGGCUUCCUGUUCCCUGACUUCCAUGCAGGACCCACAAAGGAAGGAGGGUUGCUCACCGGGUUUUGUUGCUGAUUGCAGUCACUUGCCGCUGCCAGCUUCCUGAAGUGCCCAGUUCCUGCACCGGCUCCAGUUCUCCCCCUUCCAGUCCUAAGGCAGGGAGUUGCAUUGUGGCUGGCAUGACAAAGAGCUUUUCUUCCCAGGCUUCCCCUCGCAGCUUCUCUCAGGCUGUUUGGGCCACGGGUCUCUUGAGCAGGAAAAGCCGGCUUGCAUCUUCUGGCAUCCUCCCUCGGAGCCUCUUUCCCGUCACUCCUCUUCCUCUCUUCCCUCUUGGCACCUCUGUCCUUUCCUUUCUCUUCUGCAUCCCCCGUUCCAAGCAGUUCUCCCCUCCUCAUCCUCCCUUCACCACUGCUACCCCUCCCACCUCAGCUGUUCCUGCCCCGGCUGGCAAUUCCACUCGGACGCAUGCAUCUUUGUUCCGGCAUUUGGAGCCCGUGCCUCUUCCUGCUUGGGGAAAUGCUGGGCCUGGCAUCGUCCCUGCGGCUUCACCUCCUCUGGAUGCCAAGGGAAAGCAGGGGGGGCGACACCUCCAGGAGAAAGCCUUGAAGAACUCCUGCACACUCUAUGUGGGCAACUUGUCCUUCUACACCACAGAGGAGCAAAUCCACGAGCUCUUCUCCAAGUGUGGGGAUAUCAAACGCAUUGUCAUGGGGCUGGACAAUGUGAAGAAAACCCCCUGUGGCUUUUGCUUUGUGGAAUACUACACGAGAGCAGAAGCCGAGCACGCCAUGCGGUUCAUCAGCGGGACCCGGCUGGACGACCGCGUCAUUCGGACGGACUGGGACGUAGGGUUCACGGAGGGGCGGCAGUUUGGCCGCGGAAAGACGGGUGGCCAGGUGCGAGAUGAGUACCGGACAGACUACGACGCGGGGAGAGGUGGCUUUGGCAAGAUCGUUCAGAUGCAGAACAAAAAUGCACAGAUGAUGACCUAACAGCUGGUCGGCUUUCGGGGAGGAGGGGAGGAAUCCCCUUGGUCUUCUGCGUCACAGGAGACGAGAGGGCUGCGCCUCUUGGCCUCUUGUGUCCCAGUGACUUGCCCCUGCCCCAUCCUGGGGCCUCCCGCCUGUCCUAGCAGCCUGGAGUGCAGCGCCUCUGGAGUCGCUGGAAGGUGCAAGAGGACGCGGCGCUCGCGGGCCGCUGCUCCUGCAUGGUGGGCGUUGCCAAUGCGUCGGUGUCUGUCGGCUCUCCUUCAGAGCCCAACCCCAGUCCCGCCCCCCGGAAUUGAAAUAAACCGCCCUUUUAACA